AUGUCUCCCACGACCCUCCACCAGGGCGCGACAAAGGGCUUCGCCGACGCCGCCACCUACGACGCCUACCGGCCCUCGUACACGCCCGAGGCCACCCAGAAGUUCCUCUCGCACCUGCGCCUCGCCGACGUCCCGCACGCGCGGGUCCUGGAUCUCGCGGCGGGAACGGGUAAGAUGACAGAGGUGCUGGCGGCGCGGCACGAGGGGUUCGAGGUCGUGGCCGUCGAGCCGCACGAGGGCAUGCGCGCGGAGCUCGAGAAGAAGGGACUGCGCGGGGUCGAGGUCAAGGACGGCUUUGCGGCGAAGUUGCCGCUGGACGAGGAGUGGGGCGAUGGUGCUGUUGUUGCGCAGGCUUUUCACUGGUUCGCGACGCCAGAGUCUCUGAAAGAAAUCCACCGCGUCCUGAAGCCGACUGCUGUGCUGGGCAUGAUCUGGAACAUUGAAGACUACAACAAGCCGAAGCACUGGAAAGCCAGCACGCCCUGGGAGAACGCGCUUAACGAGCUCGUCUUCAGCCUCGGCUCUGACGGCCAGCCGCGCUUCCGCGACUUCGUCUGGAAGGACGUGUUCGACAACCAGCUCGACUCGAACCCGCUGCGCGCCGUCAAGGACAUCGUGUUCGAGGGAGGGAGAAAGAUGCCCCUGUUUUCGGUGCCCGUCGGCGAGGAGAAGGUGCCCUUCACGGUCUGGCUGACGCCCGAGGCCCUGUGGAACCGGCUGCGGACGCUGAGCCAGAUCGCCGUGCUGGAGGACGAGGCGGCGAGGGCGUUCAAGCAGCGAUUCGAUGCGAUCUUGGCGGGGGAGAGCGUGGAGAAGAACGAGAAGGGGGAGGUUGCGCUGCAUGGAGCUACGUACUUCGCGUGGACCUCGAGGUUGUAG